AACUUCAUGUUUGUAGAAAAGUAGGGCGGACAAAGAUGUCAUUUGAGAUGCGCGACGUACGAGCCGAUUUCGCAAUCGGCUCGCACAUAUUCGGACAACAGCCUUCGACACGGAAUGUGCCGUUUAUUUCGUUCGCUCGUGCAUUUAUCCGACUGCUCGAGACGUAAUAAUUUUCGCAACACCUUGUUUGUUGUCCGCAUAAUGUUGCGCAAACUGAAAUUACAUUCGGACGUAACGAUUCAUUUCGUCAUGCUUCUUAUCGCAUAAUUUAUGUUUCUGCUGAACCGUUCCAUAUUUAGGAUUGACGUAUUAUAAAAUAUGAAGUGACAAGGUGAAACAUGAGCAACAUAAAUAAAAAUGGACCACCACCUCCUUAUGAGCCACCUCCGUAUGCACCGCCUUCGUAUUCUCAGGUUACAGGAGGCGUUCCUCCUGUUAGUCCAUUUACACCUGCACAAACAUAUGCAAAUGGACCCACAAUAGUCACAACUGUUGUUCCACUUGGACCUCAAUCAACCCAUACAAUUUGCCCACAUUGUCACGUUGAAAUAGAUACAUCAACCAAAUCAGAACCUGGAAUGAUUGCAUAUAUUUCAGGAGUGGUUAUAGCAUUGUUGGGAUGUUGGUGGGGUUGCUGUUUGAUUCCUUGUUGCAUUGAUGAAUGUAUGGACGUCCAUCACACUUGUCCGAAUUGUAAAGCUUAUUUGGGUCGUCACAGAAGAUAAGCAAAUGGAUUCAAUUUAGCUUCCACAAGUUGCAUUUGAACAUUGAAGUACCUUUAUGACACUAUUAAUAUUAUUCCAACAGAUAUUUUGUAUAGCUUCCUCUAAAUUUAUAUAAUUCGAGAAACAGCUUCCUUAUAAAAAAGAAAAGCAUCGUACAAGAUGCAUCUUUCUAUGUCAGUCUAUUUAGAUUUGUACGCCGACAAGUUUUCGAAAUAAUUUUUCAGUUAAAAUCUACAGUAUAAUCUUAUUGCACACAAUUUGAUAUAAAUCUCUUGCACAUCUUUGUAUGAACAUAUUUAUUGUGCUUUUGCGCACAAAGUUAGUGGAAUUAUUAUAGAAUCUUUAAUGGUAGCUUGAUAUAAGAAGUAUACAUGAUUUCGUUAUGAGAAGAUGAUGUGAAAGAUACUCGUGCUUCUAUAUUUUAUAAUUAUUCUUGUGAUUCCUCUGUCAGCAAUACAAAAAUGUGUACUACAGAAUAUUUACAGAAGAUUUAUAGUUUAUAUAUUUUUAUGUUUAUCAUAAUUUAAUGUUGAUUUGCAGUCGCGCGAGGCAGCAAACUGGACAGCUACUUUUACGAAAGAAGUCAUCCAAAAUCUAAAAUAUCUACUUAAGAAUGCAAUAUUUAUAACUUCUUUAUUAUCUAAGUAAUAAUAGUAAUAGCAAUAUGUAUAUGACUAAUGUUUUAUUAUUAUAUUAUGUAUUUUUAUAUAUUUUAUAUAAUCAAAAUUAUAUUUGAAGCAUAUGUUUCUGAUGUAGAUAUCUUGAUAUAUUUUUGUACUGUUGAUAGAGUUAUAUUGCAGCUAAUGCAUCGUGUAUUCACAGAGCUCAAAGUGUGGAAAACCUUAACUGCUUUAAAGAAAACAAAACGAAACACCAUAAUAUUUUUUACAAUUUUCGAACGCAUUAAUGUGCGCUGUGCGUGAUCGGAAUUGCAACAGUUAAACACUUCAGAAAAAAAGCCAUAAGUGCUCUUACUUGGAUCAUUCUAUUUUGUUAAAUAUGUGAAAGAUACAUGUAUUGUGAUCAGUAAACGCUAAAAACAACAAGAAACAUACAUUUUUAGAAAUAUUUAUUUAUAAAAAAAAUUCACCAAUGAGAAAAAACAAGAGCUUUAUUAUUGUGCAAUUUAAAAGUUAAGUAUAGUACAUGAGCGCCCAAUAAAAAAGACUUUAUGAAA